AUGGGAAUUGUCUCCUUAGGAAACCAAACAAUUACUGAAUUUGUCCUCCUUGGCUUCUACAACAUCCCUGAACUGCAUCUCCUUUUCUUUAUUGUGUUCACUGUUAUCUAUGCCUCCAUCAUCAUAGGGAAUAUGUUAAUCAUUGUGGCAGUGAUUAGCUCCCAGAGGCUCCAUACACCUAUGUAUUUCUUUCUGGGUAAUCUAUCCUUCCUGGAGAUCCUCUACACUUCCACAGUGAUGCCAAAAAUGCUGGAGGGCUUCUUGCAGGAGGCAGCCAUCUCCGUGGCAGGUUGCUUGUUCCAGUUCUUUACCUUUGGCUCUCUGGCCACGGCUGAAUGCUUCUUGCUGGCUGUCAUGGCAUAUGAUCGCUACCUUGCGAUCUGCUUUCCACUCCGCUACCCACUCCUGAUGGGUCCGAAAUGGUGCUUGGGGCUGGUGGCCACAGCCUGGUUCUCUGGCUUCAUGGUAGAUGGACUGGUUGUGGCCUUGAUGGCGCAGUUGAAGUUCUGUGGCCCCAACCACAUUGACCACUUUUACUGUGACUUCAUGCCUUUGGUGAAGCUGGCUUGCUCAGAUCACAGAGUGGCCCAGGUGACAACAUUCGUUCUCUCCUUGGUCUGCCUCACUGUUCCCUUUGGACUGAUUCUGACAUCUUAUGCCCGGAUCCUGGUGGCUGUGCUGAGAGUUCCUGCUGGGGCCAGCAGGCGAAAAGCUUUCUCCACAUGUUCCUCUCACCUAGUUGUAGUGUCCACAUUCUAUGGAACUCUCAUGGUCUUGUAUAUCGAACCCUCUGCUGUCCACUCUCUGCUCCUCUCCAAGGUCUUUUCCCUGCUCUACACUGUGGUCACCCCCAUCUUCAAUCCUGUGAUGUACACCCUGAGGAACAGGGAGGUUCAUCAGGCACUGCGGCGGCUUCUCUACUUUAAGCAAACUGAAACACUUGAUUGA